AUGAAUUUUCUCAGCUACUGCUAAGGUCCAGCUUUGCACCGUACACCGGCAAAUCCUCAGCCAACCUUAUCCCGCCUAUCUAUAGUUCCUCUUGCUCCACAAGCUCCUCCACUUCCAUGCCAUCAGUCAACGCUUCCUUCCCGUGCAGUUCGUUGCAAUCCCAAUGGCACUCGCGCUGCAAUCUCCCCAUCACACGGGGCCACUGCUUUAUGGGCAGCAGCUCUAGCAGUACCCAUGGUUACGGCAUCAGCAAAGCAACAACCACUUCUUCCACUGCUAUAAGCAACAGCAUGAACAACAGCAACAGCAGCAACAGCAGCUAUCAUAACAGUACUGUAAAAAGUAGUAAACACAGCGCAGCAACCCACGCCACACGUUUCCACGAAACGCUUUUCCGUGUACCUCUGGUGAAAAUUCAAGGUUCUUCCUUACUUAAACCAAAUUGUUUUGUGUUUCAGUAGAUUCUAGUGUACGUUUUACUCGGUGUAUAAGUGUUUUAUCCUGAUAUCCUGGCCAGCAGCAGCAACAGCAACAGCACCACCAACAGCAGCGGUAGUAGCAGCUGUUACUCCCAAGUACGGAAAGGAUAUUUAAAUCUUUGUUGUCUCUCCCGGGCGUCAGAGAUCCCUGGAUAAACGAUUGUUGUUGUGCGCAAGAGAUACAAUAUUUUAAGUCCCUUCCCUAGCCUCUAGUUUAGCUAAUUAUAACAAACGCGUCUGAUAGUCUACGACCUGCGUCUGCGGCGCUACCAACAUAUUGAUAGGUGUCCGUCAGGUGUUGAAUAGUUUCGGUUGAACAAAAUAGAUAAAUGAAAUGCAUUUAAAAAUCAAAUUUGUUACCAGUGAUGUAUGGGACUGUGAUCCCGGUGUUGACUUAGCAGACAUAACGCUAGAACUGGGCGAGAUCGAUUAUGGCAGACAGCUAGAUCACCGAUUCGAGCAUGCACCAGUUCAUCUUACCAAGCGCUUUCUCAGCGGUUUGCCAGCAGUGGAACCGCUGCCGUCUAAUUCUCACCGUACUUCUCCGCCUGUUAGCGUUGGCGAUGAUCGUACAUUAUCACCACUCUCGCGCCCAUUCCCAAAUCCUAAGGCAAACCAACACGUGCACACAUUCCCCCGUAUGACUCCACGGUUGCAUGCCCUGGAGGAUGACGAUGACUCAAACCGUACGCCAAAGCAUAAGUUUUUUCGCAACUAUAGUUUCGAUUUUCUUAAGCAAAAGCAACUGAAAGCGAAAAUUGCAUCGGCAGUGGAAAAGAAACACAUCUUUUCCAUUGUUGGCCACUACCCGGCGCUGCGGAAGGCACUCAAAACGCGCCACUGGCUUGAGAAGCAAACGUUCCGGAGUGUCCUGCUGCGUGAGCUGUCGCACCACGCACUGUUGCAAAAAGCAUCCAACGGCAACGAGUACGAAGAAGCGCUUGUGUCCAAGUACCUGAAGUCCUACCUGCCGUACUUCAUCUGGCAGCAUCGGAAUAUGCGUGAUUGCAAACAGGAUCGAUUCUAUGCGCCAUAUCGCAGUCGGAUUCACUACGAGCGACCGUAUGAUUUUGCUGUGAAGGAGAACUUAAUCCGGUUGAUCAACGCCUCCCAUUGGCACCAGGAGGAAGGUUUUGCUGAGCUGGACUAUCCGCGCACCUAUCUGCUCGAUACGGAAGAUAUCAUUACCAAGUUCCAGGAGGAUUAUCAGCUUACGAUUGUGAGCAGCUUUCUGUACCACAUGUCCAAACAUUUGGAAUAUUCGUUCGAUGAUGAAGGCACGCUGCCCACGGAUGUGCUGACGAUAGCGAUGAAGUAUCUGCGCUACUAUCUUGGCUGCGCGCAGCACGAGGAUAUCGAUCACGAAGAGUUCUGUGAACCGUUGCUAACACCCGAAAAUCGGCACGAGAUGGAGCAGAUACUGGCUGGCGAGGCACAGUUCGGCAGUAUCCCGGGAUAUGAGGUGUUAUCGUUGGUGGCACAGGUGAAAAAGCUGGUGCACGAGGCGGCAAAGAUUUUCCCGGACAUGAAAAUCGAUGGCAUACGGAACAUGUGGAUACUGAAGCCAGGCAAUCGGUGCAGGGGACUAGGUAUAAUGAUCUUCAACGAUGAUCGUAAGCUGUUGGAGCAUGUGGACAGCAACCCGGAUGUGAAGUACGUGGCACAGAAAUAUAUCGAACGUCCGUUGUUGAUACACUGCACCAAGUUCGACAUUCGUCAGUACUUUCUCAUCACCUACACGAACAAUGUGCUUAAGGUGUGGAUGUACAAGAACUGCUAUUUGCGAUUUAGCUCACGACAGUUCAAUCUAGACGACUUCAGCGAGUCAAUCCAUCUGACGAACUAUUCCAUCCAAAAGAACUACGCCAAAGAGGUCCGCGAAGGAGCCGACGCUCUGCCCGCCAGUAACAUGUGGUCGCUCAAGCGCUUUCAGGAGCAUCUGCAGUCGUUAGACAAGGGUUUCUACUGGGAACGUAAGAUAUAUCCGGACAUGAAGAAGAACAUCCUCGCAAUUGUCUGUGCCAGCCUCGAUGGGAUGAAGAUGGAGCGUAAUAUGUUUGAGUUGUACGGGGCAGAUUUCAUGGUGACGGAAAAUUUUCGCACAAUGCUCAUCGAGAUCAACACCAGCCCAGAUCUUUCAUCCUCGACGGAUGUAACGUCUAUCAUUUGUCCUGCCGUGCAGGAAGAUCUUGUAAAAGUUGUAAUUGACAAUACGAAGGACAAACGAGCAGGCACAGGUCAAUUCGAAUUGAUACAUUCACUCGAGAUACCGCGCGUGGCGCCUUACGGUUAUGGCUUAACCGUUGAUGGACGGUCGAUGCAGUCGAAACAUCGCUCUAAAAGCCCAUUAUCACCGAUAAACUCAUCUACAGGUCCGACCGUCUCCUCUACCGCUACAUCAACACCGAAAAGAGUAUCGGCAACAUCAGCAGCAGCAGCAGCAGCCACAACAACAAUAUCGACCGUGAUUAAUACCGGAAGUACGAAAUAUACACGCUACAAUGCCAGUAGCUCGGAAUCCUCGAGCAGGGGAAGUAAAACAUCGCUCACGAGCGUUAUUUUGGAUCGACCGCGUACGACGCUGAAGUGAGCGAACGCGCGUGCCUUUUGUGCUGCCAGGAUGGGCCCCCAACUGUUCCCAUCUUCUUUUUUUUCUUUAUAGCAAAAUAGUUAAUCAAGCCGAAACCAACCAAAAACUGUAUACUUUCGUAUGACAUAGCUAUAUUUCUAAAUACAUUUUAUGUCGUUAUCAAAGGUUAA